UAGUUAAUUUUCUAAUAUUUUGAGUACAUUAGUUGAUUAAUUUGACUGCAGCCCUAAAUAAAUAGACAAUGGUUAGAUGGUGGUUUUUGGUAUGUGCAAUGUUAGCACUAAAAUCACUAGAUGUUGCAUCCUAUCGAACCAAGCGAAUCGAGUAUGCUACCAGUCUUUUUGAAGAAUGUGAGUCACAUCGAGAAUGUAAGAAUUUAAAGUAUACUGAAUGUUGGAAUGGUUAUUGUCGAUGCUUACCGAAUUAUUUCCCCCGAAAGAAUAAAUAUCAUGCCUGUUACGGAGGUAUCAAUACGACCUGUGACUCUAAUAACGACUGUAAUGGCAACGAUCAGGUGGGCUGCAUUUCCAAUACCUGUCAAAGUUAUGAGACGUUCUUCUCAUCAUCAAAUACUGAAGUCAUCAAGCUUUAUCGCGCAGAGAGAAUAGGAUCGAGAUGCGCAACUGACGAAAACUGCAGUGAUCUUGAUAAAACACAGUGCAGAGCAGGAAAAUGUAAGUGUGUCAGAGGCUACUGGCUGGACAAAAAUAUUUGUAGGCCGGUUACAAACGUAAUCUGUGCUGAUGAUUCUGACUGUGAAGAAAGGGGAACCAAAUGUAUUCUGGAACAAUGCGUCUUACCCGAGGAUUUCUUUGACGAAUCAAAUGCUCACAACUCAAAUCUUUACACUGCAAAUAACUACGGCGAUAUAUGUGGAACUGAUCACCACUGUCGAAAUAUCAAUAAUACUUAAUGUAUUGACGGAGUUUGUAAAUGUGGACGAGGAACUGUGAUGUAAGAAAGAAAAUAGUACUUU